AACAAAAUGUGUGGUAUUUAAAAUGUGAGAGGAUAUGUAGAUGUUAAUAAUUGGAGUACAUUGAAUGGUGGUGGUCCGCAAACAUGUCCAGACAAAGGAAGCAUUGAUGGGGCACUUUGGUAAGAGAGAUCAACACCCCCUCAUCUUAUUAACAAGGUAGAGAGGUGCGCACAGUGAUUGGACGGUGAUCAACUCCAGCCGUACCUUUAUUGCCCCCCGCCCUUUUAUAUCUCCCAAUCUUUCCAGCAUUGGUUUAUCCCAUUCUGCACCCCUCCUGCCCCUCCCCUGACACAACGCCUCAAUAAAAUCCAUUCCCUCGUUGCCUUAAAGAGGAGCGCACGGCACCAGGACAGUGCGUAAAAGUAGUCGAUAGGAAAUUUGGACUGAUAAAGGAGAAGUGUUUAAAUCUUGCCACGAUAAGGGACAUCAUUCAGUUGUCUUUCAACUCGAGGAGCACUUUAUUCCAAAAUGCCGUCAUGCACCCUGGAGACGUUAACGAUCUUCUUGUGUUGGGGUUACUGCGUUGUGGCCUCACAGGUUUCUUUCUCCAACUUCUCCGUUGACAACGAGAUGCGCUCCAGUUUCAUCCAGCGGCGGCUGCGGAGUCAGGAGCGCAAGGAGAUGCAGCGGGAGAUCCUUGGGAUCAUGGGGCUGCCGCACCGUCCGCGGCCGCAUGUCUACACCAAACACAACGCUGCGCCGAUGUUCAUGUUGGACCUGUAUAAUACAAUCUCCACAGGCGUACACCUGCCCGGGUAUUCUUACUACAAGCACGCCUUACCGGCCCAGGUGUCCCCCAUCGUGACCCCGCAGGACAGCCGCUUCCUUGAUGACGCAGACAUGGUGAUGAGCUUCGCCAACCUGGUUGAUCAGGAUCCGGAUCUUCUACUCAACCAGCACAACAGGGAAUUCCGGUUUGAUCUUUCCCGUAUCCCAGAGGGAGAGGCCGUCACAGCAGCAGAGUUUAGGAUUUAUAAAGGUUUCAUCCAGGAACACUAUGAGAACCAGACCUUUCGAGUCAGUUUGUACCAGGUCCUUCAGGAACCUCCACACAGUGAAGUGGAGCUCCUUCUGCUAGACCAGCGAGAGGUGUGGGCUGCUGAGGAGGGAUGGCUCAUCUUUGACCUGACCACUACCAGUAACCUCUGGCUGUCGGACUCUGAACAGAACUUGGGCCUGCAACUUGUCGUGGAAGACAGCCAUGGCCAGAGGAGGAUUCCUCGGCUGGCAGGUCUGGUGACAAGCAGUGGGCCUCAUGAGAGGCAGCCCUUUAUGGUUGCUUUCCUCAGAGCAGAUGAGGUGCGUCUACGAAGCAUCCGCUCCGCCUAUGGCCACAAAGGACGCCACUCCAACCGCUCCAAACCCCAGAGGACUGUACAAGAUGCACUAAAGGCAGUGGAGGCUGCAACAGUUUCAGAUAGCCUUGGCAUCUCUAAAGAGGGAUGUAAAAAGCAUGAGCUGUAUGUCAGCUUCAGAGAUUUAGGAUGGCAGGAUUGGAUCAUUGCGCCAGAAGGUUAUGCAGCAUACUACUGCGAGGGAGAAUGUGCCUUCCCUCUCAACUCCUACAUGAAUGCCACAAAUCAUGCUAUUGUGCAAACUUUGGUGCACUUCAUCAACCCAGAGACAGUACCAAAGCCCUGCUGUGCCCCCACCCAGCUCCAUGGCAUCUCAGUGCUCUACUUUGACGACAGCUCCAACGUCAUCCUCAAGAAGUACCGUAACAUGGUGGUCAGAUCCUGCGGAUGUCAUUGAUAAUUCAUACUCCCUCCUGUGAGCUCUUUAAAUCUGGAUGGAUCCGUAAUGAAAGACGAAGUGAAGGAACAGGAGACAAGAGAUGAUUGACUGGCUGGUCCUCAGGGAGCACCAAGCUUUAAUCUGGUGUACUAUUCAGCUUCCCACGCAGCAUUAACUACUACCAUGAACCAAUUGGAGCUAUUUGUCACAGAGAGAGGUUGGACAAAGGGUUUCUUUGUUUUCCUUCAACUGUGACUUGCAGAAGUGUGCUGCAAGGACUCUGAGCAUUGUGGAGACUUUGAAUUAUGUGUAAUUUAAUUCUAGAAACAGAAAGCAAAAACAUGUUGUCUAAUGAGGGACACAGAUCUACCUGUAUUUCAAUUCUUUUCAGACCAUCAGGUAACACCUGCAUGGAAAUGUGCAUUGGGAAACUCAUUUCACAGCUCAUAAAACUUGAAAGCACCAUCUGCCUGUUGAACCACUGCGCCUUGUCUUUUGGAACAGCUGGAUGAACUUUUCUCCUAAAGAGGACAGAAAACACAUUCUCGACCAAACUUUACCGUUGUUGAGCUGUUUUUUCAGCAGGUGUAAGACAUCUGGCAGCUCAUGGCUGUGCUGCUGAUGUACAGGAGCUCAGUGAUGAUUGACAGCAGAGACUGUUAAUAACAGUGUGUGGGUCUGGAGAGCCGCCUGUUGGACCUGGUUUCCCCGAUAGAGACAUACAUCACCGGGGCUGUGAAAGUAAUAUAGUCUGCAAGAUCUCAGUGAUUCAUCCUAUGAGGCAAACAGCAGGGUGUUCACCAUCACCCUAGACUGCAGCUGCGCGAGGUGUCAGAGCAGAGCUGCAGGUGGGCAAAAAGAAACUGCAUCUUUUAUUGUGUCAGAUUAUAGGAGUCGAAUAAAUGGAAGCUGUCGAACAAGAA